UGCUGUACCUGAUCCAGAAGCAGCUUAAACGUUCUAAAAUGUUCUUCAAGCUUGUGUACCCGGCUCCGCUGUCGGAGCCAAUCGGGACGAGGGAUUCUACUGUUUACUUGCUCAAAACACUUCAUAUUGCGGGCCUAGAUUUUUACAACGACUUCGGAAUUGGUCGCAAGAUUUUGCGGGUGAUCUCCUUCAGCUAUAACAUUUUUUACCUUCCGCUGAGUUUUCCGAUUAACUACAAGAUACACUUUUCCCAGUUUCCACCCGAUCUGCUGCUGCAGUCGCUGCAACUGUGCCUGAACACCUGGUGCUUUUCGAUCAAAUUCUUCACCCUGUCUAUCCUAAAGGAGCGCUUUGAAAUGGCAAACCAAUGCUUCGAUGAGUUGGACGUGUAUUGUGUCACCCCGGAGGAGAAGCGCAAGGUCCGGGUUACAGUAGCCACCAUCAACAAACUGUACCUGAUCUUUGGGAUUGUCUACUUUCUCUACGCCACCUCCACUCUCGUGGAUGGCCUUUUCCACGACCGCGUCCCUUAUAACACCUAUUAUCCGUUCAUUGACUGGCGUCUCGACAGACGUCAGUUGUACAUACAGAGUUUUGUAGAGUACUUCACCGUGGGAUACGCAAUAUUCGUGGCCACAGCCACGGACUCGUACCCCGUGAUCUAUGUGGCGGCUUUGCGAACUCACAUUCUAAUGCUGAAGGACCGCAUCGUUCGCCUGGGCGAGGCCAAUAACGAGGCGAACGCUGAUCCAGAUAACAUCUUUAAAUCGCUGGUCGAGUGCAUCAAGGCUCACAGGACGAUGCUAAACUUCUGCGACACCAUUCGACCCAUCAUCUCGGGCACAAUAUUUGCCCAGUUCAUCAUCUGCGGCUCCAUUCUGGGCAUUGUCAUGAUAAACAUGGUGCUAUUCGCUGAUCAAUCGACCCGCUUUGGCAUCGUUACCUACGUGAUGGCUGUGCUGUUGCAGACCUUUCCGCUUUGCUUCUACUGCAACGCCAUCGUGGACGACUGCAAUGACCUGGCUGAUGCCCUGUUCCACUCGGCUUGGUGGAUGCAGGACAAGCGCUACCAAAGCACGGCCCUUCAGUUUCUGCAGAAGCUGCAGCAGCCCAUAACGUUCACGGCCAUGAACAUAUUCACAAUCAAUCUAGCCACCAACAUCAAUGUGGCCAAGUUUGCUUUCACCGUGUACGCCAUAGCGAGCGGAAUGAAUCUGGAUGAGAAGCUGCAGCUGCAGGACUCUGGAGCCGACACUCCGUGAACGUACAGAAUCCAGCACAAAGGU